UAAUUUGUGUUAUGCAUUGAAAUUGAUUUAAUAGUUGUUAAUAGCUAUUAUUAACUAAUAAUUAAUUAUCAAUUAAUAGUUUGUACUGUUGAUAUAAAUACAUGUGAUAGAUAUAUAAAUAGCUUUGUAGGCUAUGGGACUUCUUAAACCUUUUGUUUAUUUCCAUGGUUAAAGGAAUCAUACAGUUAGUUGACUUACAUUUUUGGACAUUUUAAAUCGGAGAAUGGACGGUUUUCUUUUGAGGGUUAAAAUACAUUUUUCUCGAUCUUGGGGCUUUAAGGUUGAAACAACUUUUAAAGGACAGCAUUGAUUUUAAAAUAUAUGUUAAAACAACGUUAAUAGAAACGAUAAAUAUUAUAUAUAUAAUGUAUAUAAAGUUGAAAAGCAUUCACACUUCCUGCACAUAUAUGGAACGACUAUUUAUAAUUAAUCUUCGCACGUCCGGCGCGUCUGACCCUUAAGCGUUUACAGUAUGAAUACAUAACAAACAUUUUUCAUGUAACGAAAUCGUACGUAUAAUUUACAUAGUAGAUUUUCCUAGUAAUAAUAACUGUAUAGGUCUGUUGGUAGCUCUAACAGUAAUUACUAUAAAGUGAGUAGGUUAAUCUUUCACCGACUUUAAAUUAUAGUAAUUAAUAACUGUGUACUAAACAACUCACUCGAUAGUAUUAAUGGCCGUUGGCCAUGCGUUACCGAUCGCCUAUGACAAUAUAACUAAAUCUGCAGGGAAUGCGACGACCACCGCAGUUAUCCUUGAAAAACCCCGGAUGCGAAUUUGUUCACUAUUACACCGUUCUUCCGUCAAACAAGUACCUACGUCAACGAGUUCUCACUUAUCAAUAAAGCCAAAGAGGCAUCUUCCUCUGUUGCGUCAUAGUACAGUACCGACAACAAUUGAAAAACUAAUGCAUAUCUUAGAAAACUAUUUAAAAGAGCGAGCAUAACGAGAUAUAAUACGAGUACAUUCAAGGCCGUCCCAUUGCGUAUAAAGUAGAAGUACGUGUCGUAUUCAGUCUUUGUCUAAAGGAUCUUAAAUAGUUGUCUUGAACACAUAUACAGCUAACAGCUGUAGAUAAUUGAUCAUCGAUCGCAAACAAGUCAUAAGAUAAAGAAGACCGAUUAAGUAAUAAUAUAUUGCACGUGUAUAAUAGCCAGCCAGGUCGGUGAGCUGUUCUUACGCGGGAAAACCUACACUCAAUAAUUAUACAGCUUAAUUCGUUUUGAAAGGAGAUGAAAAUAGAAGAAAAAUGAAAUCACCCUACACGUUGGUACUGUUAUCGUUGGUCUUGCAGUUGACGUUGACCAUCGUCAUUGCACAGUGGGACCGGCAGGUCCAUCCUUGCGAGAGAGAAUGUGUUGUAAACGGACUGUCCAAAUUAUGCGAAUACCAUUUCAAAGUUGAAUGGUACUACACAAUGAGCAAGGCGUGUUACGACUGUCCGUUCAACAUGACGGACUGUUACAGGGCCGACUGUGUGCCGGCUGAUGGCGUUGGGAAACCGAUUAUUGUCAUUAAUAGAAGUCUCCCAGGACCUUCAAUACAAGUGUGUUUGGGAGAUACUGUAGCGGUGACAGUAGAAAACGCGAUGAUGGAGGAAUCUACAUCGAUUCACUGGCACGGUCACCAUCAAAGAAACUCGCCGUAUAUGGACGGCGUACCGUACGUGACGCAGUGUCCGGUGCCACCGCAUUCGUCGUUCCGGUACUCGUACGUGGCCGAUAAUGAAGGCACACACUUUUGGCACUCGCAUUCUGGGUGCCAGCGGGGUGAUGGCGUUUUUGGAUCGUUCAUCGUUCGCGGACCCAAGGAGCGCGAUACGCACAAGGAUAUGUACGACAUAGAUGAGCAUGUGAUCACCAUUGUCGAUUGGGUGCACGAGUUGGGCAUACGCAAGUUCUUGGCGCAUCACCAUGGAUCGGGCGACAACAAGCCUGACACAUUGUUGAUAAACGGACAUGGACGGAAAGGGUGGUUUGAAGACGAUGUACGUACGCCCCUGGAGAAGUUCGACGUAACCAGAGGAAAACGAUACAGGUUCAGAGUGAUAAACGCCGGAUUCUUAAAUUGUCCAAUCGUAAUGAGCAUAGAUAAUCAUACAUUCACAGUUAUUGCCACAGACGGGUAUAACAUUCGGCCAGUCGUAGUUGACUCAUUUGUCAGCUAUGCCGGCGAACGUUGGGACUUUGUAUUAGAAGCCACAUCCGAAAUUGGAAACUAUUGGAUGCGUUUUAGAGGUCUGAUGGACUGUGAUGAACGGUUUAACAGCGCAUUUGAAGUGGCUAUUUUACACUAUGAAGGAGCUGAUGACGAUGAACCUCCUGGUGAACCUACAUACGAGAAUUCUGAGAACCCUGGAAUCCAACUGAACGCAUUAAAUAAAGGACCCGGUUUAAUGGACUCUGCUACUGUGUCAGAAUUAGAAGAUGCAACAGAAUUGGUAAAUGAUCGUCGACUAGUGUUAAAACCAGAUGUAACGCUAUAUAUGUCUUAUGAUUUUUAUUCCAUUGAUAAUCCACACUACCAUAAGCCAAUGUUAUAUGGAUUUAAACAAGUUUUACAUAAAUCAGAACGUCUUUAUACCCCACAAAUAAAUAAAAUGACUUUUAAAUUACAAUCAUUCCCAUUACUAUCUCAAAGAGAAAUGAUAAAACCUGAUAUGAGCUGUGACAAUAUAAAGAAAAAUUGUUCAAGGGAAUUUUGCGAAUGCACUAAUAUAAUUAAGGUGCCUUUGGGAUCAGUUGUUGAAUUGUUUCUUAUAGAUAAAGGAGUUACAUUCAAUGCAAACCAUCCAUUUCAUUUACAUGGACAUCCAUUUAGGGUUAUUGCGAUAGAUAGAGUAGGAAACCAUACUUCUGCUGAAGAAAUAGAAAAAUUGGACAAAGCAGGAAAAAUUAUGCGAAAUUUACGUAAUGCUCCUCUUAAAGAUACAGUAACAGUACCUGAUGGCGGAUUCACAAUAGUACGGUUCAUAGCCGAUAAUCCUGGUUAUUGGUUAUUUCAUUGCCAUAUAGAAUUUCAUGUUGAAGUAGGAAUGGCAACUGUAUUUAAAAUUGGUGAAGACUCCGAUAUGCCUCCACCACCUCCAGGAUAUCCAAAAUGUGGAAAUUAUGAUGCAAACGAAUUCCUUUCAUUUUCAGAUAUUGAUAAUAAUGUGCCAUCUAAAUCAGAUAUAAAUAAAUAUAACCAUAGUAAUGAUUUAGGAGAAGGAAUCAAAGUAAAUUCUAGUGAUGAGGACAUAAUAAGUACGUUAGAUAAAUGGUGGCCAUUUGUAGGUGGAGCACAUCCAUACGUAUCGAGUAAUAGUCGUACUAAUACACCACUCGUUAGUAGUUUAAUAGGUUUUUUUAUAUUAUUAUUUUUUUAUUAUAACCAACAUUUAUGAUAUAUAUAUAUAUAUUGUACUUAUAAAUUUUGAAUUAUAAUUUUCUGUGAUAGAUGUAAAUAAAACAAACUAUGUACUUAUUA